GCAAAUCUAGAUAGACACGAGCAGUCGUCGCGAGACUUUUCCGAACACGGGGCGACACGUCGUCAGUUGAAACUUUAUCGAAAUUAACGACAGUGAAAUAAAAAAUUUUUUAUAAGAAUGGGAUGUUUGUUUAACAAGUUUUUUUAAAGUGUUUAUUAUUAUUUUUAUAUAUAUAUAUAAACUCGUAUGUCGUGGGUUUUAGUGUAAAAUGCAGUUGUUCGGGGGUAGCCCCGAAGUUUAUAACAACUUCUUUUUAUUUGUGUUGUGUGGUUUAUUACCGUUCAUAACCGCCGAAACAAGAUUGCUACCGAAUACAGGUUCACCUACCGGCGUUGUGUGUCCUUCUGGUACAUUCAAAUGUCCCGAAGGAAAAUGUAUACCAACAUUAUGGGUUUGCAAUUACCAAGCUGAUUGCGAAAACGGAGCGGACGAAAGGCAAUCGUGUCCUCCUCCCGAAUGCGAAACCGGCCAGAUAACGUGUCGACAGUACAGUUGGAACAGGACUUAUUGUCUGCCCCCCCAUUACCGAUGCGAUAUGACUGUGGAUUGUAUCGAUGGAUCAGACGAAAACGAAUGCACAUAUAGAACAUGCCAAAACGACGAUUUCCAUUGCGGAACCCAAGCUUCGGAUCCUUGCAUUCCGAAAGAGAAAAAAUGCGACGGUUACGUCGAUUGCAGAUCGGGAAAAGAUGAAGAAGGAUGUCCCGGAGUAUCCUGUCGAUUAGAUCAGUUCAGAUGUUCGAGAGGACAUAGAUGUAUCGAGAUGUCUCAAAAGUGCGAUCACAAAGACGAUUGCGGAGAUAAUUCCGAUGAAAUAGGAUGCAAUUUUCCGGUUUGUCAUGGCGUUCAGUUCCGUUGCGCGAACGCUCUUUGUAUACCGAGUCAGUUCCGGUGUGACGGUUACCAAGAUUGUUCCGAUGGAUCGGACGAAGUUAAUUGUACGGCCAUUGCUUGUCCGGAUAACAAAUUCCUCUGCCCGAAAGGGGGUCCCGGGGGUACUCAUAAGUGUAUACAAAAAAAUAAAUUAUGCGACGGGAAAAAGGACUGUGAAGAUAACGCCGACGAAGAAGCCGCUUGUUCCAAAUUAUCAUGUCCGAUACUGGGUUGCGAAUACAAAUGUCAAGCGUCUCUAACUGGAGGAUCGUGUUAUUGUCCAGAAGGAAAAAAAUUAUCGCCGGACAACAGAACUUGUACGGAUAGAAACGAAUGUUUGGAAUGGGGAUACUGCGAUCAAUAUUGUUCGAACAGCGACGGUGGUUACAGUUGUUCAUGCGCCAACGGAUAUUUUAUAAAAGAAAAAAAUAGAUGCGAAGCUAAAAAUUCGUCAUCCUUAUUGUUAUACUUCGCCCACGAUAAAGCUGUAUUCAGUAUGUCGAAAACUGGUAGUAAUCUCAAAGUAGUCGUUAAUACGACCGGUGCUAGCGGUUUGGAUUUUCAUUACAACAUGAACACCCUCUAUUGGUCGGAUAUUAAAACAAAAAAAAUACAUUCCCAACAGAUAAUCAGUACUUCGGGAUUUCCACCGCCGGAUAUCGAAUUAGCAUUACCAGGUACUUGGUUACCGAUCGCCGUAGCCGUCGAUUGGAUAGGACACAAAUUAUACGUAGCCGAUUCAGUUGGACAAAAAAUCGAUAUAUUCGAAUUGCACGGUAGAUGGCACGCGGUGGUAUUAGGUUCGAAUUUAACUAAUCCGGCGGAUAUAGCUCUAGAUCCUACAGUAGGUUUGAUGUUCGUAGCUGAUAGUUCUCAAAUAUUAAGAACAAACAUGGACGGUACUAAAUCCGUUUCCAUAGUAUCGGAAGCGGCUUACAAAGCUUCCGGUAUAGCUUUAGAUAUAAUAACGAAACGAGUUUAUUGGUGCGAUUCUCUAUUAGAUUACAUCGAAACCGUCGAUUACGAAGGAGGUAAAAGAUUUUUGGUACUACGAGGUCAACAAGUACCAAAUCCUUCGCGUCUAACUUUAUUCGAAAGUAAAGUUUAUUGGACCGACGGUACUAAACAAGGAGUUAUGUCUGUCGAUAAAUACGAAACCGGUAGUAUACAUUCGAUUUAUAGGAUGAAGGAUUUGAAAGAUUUGAAGGGUAUUAAAGCGUUUCACGGUCUAGUACAACCGGACGUACCGAAUCCUUGCGGUCACAACAACGGCGGAUGUCAACAUAUGUGCGUGGUAACCAAAACAGACGAUAACGAAUUAGGAUACAGGUGCGCUUGUAAUAUCGGUUGGAAAUUAACUAAAAACGAACGUAAUUGCGAUUUAAUAACGGAUUUUUUGAUGUAUUCCCAACAGAGAUUCAUCAAAGGUAAAGUUCUUGAUCCGGUUAUCGAAGGUUUUAGUGAAGCUAUUCUUCCGGUGGUGUCGCGACGUGCUAGAUUCGUCGGUUUAGAUUACGACGCUAAAGAUAAUUUUAUUUAUUAUUCGGACGUUUUACAAGACGUUAUAUAUCGAGUACAUCGUAACGGUACCGAUAAAGAAAUAGUACUAGCCUCGCAAAACGAAGGUGUCGAAGGUUUAGCUGUGGAUUGGGCGGCUAAAAACUUGUAUUACAUCGAUAGUAGGAAAGGUACUCUUAACGUUCUUUCAACUCGUAACGUAACUUACCGCAGAACGUUGAUUAAAGAUUUAAAAAGACCUCGCGCGAUCGUCGUACAUCCUAAUAGAGGUUUCGUAUUUUAUUCCGAAUGGGAUCGACCGGCUAAUAUAUCUCGAGUUUUAUCCGAUGGUACCGGUUUAAUGAUAUUCAAGAAUUUAACUUUGGGUUGGCCGAACGGUUUAUCGAUCGAUUUCGAUACCGAUCGAUUGUAUUGGUGCGACGCUUUAUUAGAUCACGUACAACAUUCGAAUUUAGACGGUACCGAUGUUAAAACGGUUAAUUCGAGAUUAAUACGACAUCCUUUCAGUAUAGUAAUUUACGAUGAUUAUAUGUACAUUACCGAUUGGAGAUUGGACGCUAUCAUAAAAUUGCAUAAAUUAACCGGAGCCGAUGAGGAGGUUUUAGUGAAAGAGCCGCAAACUAAUAGAUUGUACGGCGUUAAGAUUUACAGCGAGAAAGAACAACCGAUUUUAGAUUCGCAUCCGUGUUGGAACGAUAACGGACAAUGUCACAAAUUGUGUUUUGCUCUACCGAGGGAAAAUACUAAUCGACUCGUAGCUAAAUGCGGUUGUCCGUACGGAGAAAAACUCGCCGACGACGGUAGAACUUGUCAAGCCGAUCCUAAUCACGAACCCCCGGUGCAAGCUUGUCCAAACAGUUGGGAUUUCACGUGUAGUAAUCAAAGAUGUAUUCCGAAGUCUUGGGUAUGUGACGGCGACGACGAUUGUUUAGAUAAUAGUGACGAAAAUCAAAAUUGUACUAAACCGACGUGCGGCGCGAACGAAUUUCAAUGUAAAUCCGGUAGGUGCAUCCCGAUGACGUUCAAAUGCGACGCCGAAAACGAUUGCGGCGAUUUCAGCGACGAAACUGGUUGCGUGAACGUAACGUGUUCCAGUACUCAAUUUCAUUGCGAUAACGGUCGAUGUAUACCGAACAGUUGGAAAUGCGAUUCCGAAAACGAUUGCGGUGACGGUUCCGACGAAGGGGAUUCGUGCGCAGAAAAAACGUGCGCCUAUUAUCAAUUUACUUGUCCGAGAAACGGUCAUUGCAUACCGCAGAAUUGGGUGUGCGACGGAGACGACGAUUGUUUCGAUAAAGAAGACGAAAAGGAUUGUCCGCCGAUCACUUGUCAAAGUAAUCAAUUCAAAUGCAACGAUUUGAAACAAUGUAUACAAGAAAGUUAUAAAUGUGACGGUAUUCCUGAUUGCAAUGAUGGUAGCGACGAAGUGGGAUGUCCGUCUAUAGCGCCCCAUCAGUGUAAUCCGGAAAAACAAUUCCAGUGCGUCAAAUCCGGUAUUUGUAUACCGAAAGCUUGGCAUUGCGACGGUACUCCAGAUUGCGACGACAGAUCGGACGAACCGGAUAAUUGCGGAAAUAUAAACUGUCCCAACAAUUUCUAUAAAUGUAACAGCACUCAAUGUAUCUUCAAGGCGUACAUAUGCGACGGAAAGAAAGAUUGCGAAGACGGUUCGGACGAAAGUCACAUACACGCUUGUGUUAAACCGCCAUUCAGAUGUCCCCACGGUCAAUGGUUGUGUCCGGAUGUCGCCGAACGUUGCGUUAACUUAACUAACGUAUGCGAUGGUAAACCGGAUUGUCCAAACGGAGCCGACGAAGGUCCAGAUUGUCUUUUCGAAGAAUGUAAACACCAAGGAGGACUAUGUUCCAAUAGUUGUAAACAAACUCCAAAAGGACCGUUAUGUUUGUGCCCUCUAGGAGAAACUCUGUCCAAAGACGGUAUGAACUGUGAAGAUUUGAACGAGUGCGAUCCACCGGGAAUUUGUUCUCAAUCGUGUACUAAUACUAAAGGAUCUUAUUUCUGUUCCUGUACGGGUGGAUACCAGUUAGAACCGGAUAAACAUACAUGCAAGGCUCUCAAUCAUUCGAUAGCAUUUUUGAUCAUAUCCAACAGACAUUCGAUUCUUGUCGCCGAUUUAAAAGAACAAGGCUUGGAAAGGGUACCGAUUAUUGUGGAAAACGUAGUAGCAACGGCUUCUAACAUGUUAACAGGCACCAUCUUUUGGUCCGAUAUGAAACUAAAGAAAAUUUCCAAACUCGAUAGAGGCGGAGAUCCGGUCGAAAUAAUAUCAACGGGACUAGAUUUGGUAGAAGGACUAGCUUACGAUUGGAUAGGCAAAAAUAUUUAUUGGUUAGAUUCGAAAUUGAAUACCAUCGAAGUGGCACAAGAAAACGGUCAAAAUCGAAUCGUAUUAGCACGAGAAAAUAUAACGCAACCAAGAGGAAUGUGCCUAGAUCCAAGCCCGGGAACUCGCUGGUUAUUCUGGACGGAUUGGGGGGAGAAUCCGCGAAUAGAACGUAUGGGUAUGGACGGUACGAACAGAUCCGUCAUAAUCAACACUAAAAUCUAUUGGCCCAACGGUCUAACUCUCGAUAUCCCCACUCAGAGGAUCUACUUCGCCGAUUCGAAAUUAGAUUUCAUCGAUUUUUGUUACUACAACGGAACCGGUAGACAACAAGUACUAGCCGGAAGUCAUUAUCUCCUCCAUCCCCAUUCCCUAACGAUAUUCGAAGACACCCUCUACUGGACCGACAGACAAUUAAACAGAGUUUUAUCCGCUCACAAAUAUAAAGGCAAUAACCAAACCGUCGUAUCCCAUCUCAUAUCCCAACCGUUGAGCAUACAUGUCCACCAUCCCUCGUUACAACCGGUAUCGGAAAACCCUUGCAAAAACAACCCCUGUCAACAUAUUUGUCUACUUUCGCCUUCGACCAGCUCCGGUUAUACCUGCAAGUGUAAACCGGGCUAUAAAUCGAAUUCGGGCGGUAGUUGCAGCGAAGAAGACAAUAAUUUCUUGAUGGUGAUGAAGGGUACGCAGAUCGUCGACGUUUCGUUAACAUCGGGAGAAGAAUCGACGGGUUAUAUAACUCCUAUUGUCGGGAUAGAACAUGGCGUACAGAUCGAUUACGAUAGAAAGAAUAAUUUGAUAUAUUGGUUGGAAAGCAAAGACGAACAAGGCGAAAAUUGCACAAUAUGGAGUACACCGUAUACCGGAGGUAACAAAACUCAAGUUCUCGGUAUAGAUAACGGUAUAAUAGGUUCCCCAUCUACGAUCGCCUUCGAUUGGCUCGGUAGAAACAUUUAUAUCGGUAAUAAGAAAGCGAGUAACAUCGAAGUGAUCAGAAUAGACGGAAAAGUGAAACAUAGAACGAUCGUAUUAGCAAACGACGGCGAGGAAACUUCGGUAGCAUCUCCCAGAGCCAUUUGUUUAGAUCCUCUAGACGGUAAAUUAUAUUGGACCGACGAAGGCGGCUACGGAGUACCGCAAAAAAUAGCCAAAGCCAACAUGGAUGGUACCAACCCCGUUAUACUAUUGGAUAAAUUGGAUAAACCGGACGCUUUGGUCAUAGAUUUGGAUACGAAAACGUUGUACUACAGUACUUUGUAUCCAGCUUUGAUCGGUAAAAUCGGAGUAGACGGAACGGGAAGAACAACUAUAUUAACCGAAGAUAACUACAUAUCAUCCCCUAAAUCUAUAGGAGUUUUAGGGAAUCGAUUAUUUUACUUAGAUCCCGAUUACGAAAAAUUGGUGCAAAUCGCUUUACCUACCGGUAACAACCCGAGAAUAAUAUUAGAAAACGAACCGAGUUUGAAAUCAUUCACCAUAUACAAAAAGAGACCCGCCGCCGACCACCCCUGUCUACAGAAUAACGGCGGUUGCGAACAGAUCUGCAUACCCGCUGAGGGUAGAACCAGAACGUGCGCGUGCGGCAUCGGAUACAAAAAAAACGAAAUUAAUUGUUCGCCGUAUAGGACGUUCGCUGUCGUAUCCCAAUUAGAUAUAACCAGAGGUUACAGUUUGAAGGACAGUUCGGAAGCUAUGGUACCGAUAACCGGACCCGGACAUCAUAUUUUACACGUCGACGUACACUUCGCCGACGCUUGGAUCUAUUGGAUCGAACUGAAUAAAGGUUAUUGGAACGGCGUGUUCAGGAUAAGACCGAACGGUACCGAACUUGAACAUAUUAUCAAAGACGGUAUCGGUAGUAGCGGUAUAAGAGGACUAGCGAUCGAUUGGAUAGCCGGGAAUAUGUAUUUCACUAACGUUUUCCCCCACGAGAAUUACGUCGAAGUUUGUUGGUUAGACGGUAGAUACAGAAAAGUGAUUGUAAAAUCAACAACCGAUGCUCCGAGAGAAUUAGCCGUUAAUCCGAUAAAAAGAAUCCUCUAUUGGAUCGAUUACGGACAAUAUCCCAGAAUAGGUAAAUCUAAUUUGGAUGGAUCCGAUUGGUUACCGUUAGUAACUUCCGGUAUAAGUAAUCCGACUGAUUUGACGAUCGAUAUGAACACUCACGACGUCUAUUGGGUUGAUUCAAAAUUAGAUACAAUACAGAAAAUUUCGUAUAGCGGCGGUAACAGACAAGUGAUACGUAGGAAUUUACCGAAUCCGAAAGGUAUAGCGAUAUACAAAAGCGAUAUAUAUUGGGUCGAUAGAAAUUUGAGAACCGUAUUUAAAGCUUCGAAAUUACCUGGAAAUAUAUCUUUACCGAUUAAAGUGAGAAAUAAUUUAUCGUUUUUACGAGAUAUAGCUAUAUACGAUAUUACAAAUCAACCUACUGACGAUUCGAAUCCUUGUAGAAAAUUCGGUAACGGCGGUUGCGAACAAUUAUGUUUCUCUUUUCCAAACGAUGUUGCCAAUUCGCAAAAACCUUCUUUCAAAUGCGACUGCGCUACCGGUAACAUCACCAAUGAUCGUCGAUGCGGUUUCGUUAACGAAUACAUAAUAUUUUCCACAAGAACGGAAAUCCGAACGGUACAUUUGGAUCCGUUAAAUACGAACGUACCGUUCGCGCCUAUCGGUAAUUUAACAAACGUCGUAGGCGUCGAUUUCGACUACAAACAUCAAUUAUUAUUUUUCACGCAGAUCAAACCGUGGGCUAGAAUAGCUAAAAUACCAGCCACCAAACCGGAUAUCGAUUCCAUAAUAAAUCUACGGAAUAAAGGUAUAAAUCCCGAAGGGGUAGCGUACGAUUGGACGCAACAAAAGAUAUAUUGGACCGAUUCGUCGAAUCGGAGUAUAUACGCCAUGAAUUUGGACGGAAAAGAUUUAGUUAUGAUAGCUAGAGUCGAAAGACCUAGAGCGAUCGUACUAGAUCCUUGCAACGGGACGCUUUUCUACACCGAUUGGGGUAAAUUCGGUACCGCUGGUAAAAUAUUUAGAACAACCAUGGCGGGAUCGCUUAAACGUAUAAUCAUAGAUAAAAAUCUAGCUCAACCGAGCGGCUUAGCUAUAGAUUACGAUGAAAAUAUGUUAUAUUGGACGGAUGCAGUUAGAGAAAAGAUAGAACGUUCCGAUUUGAACGGGAAGAAUCGAGAAGUACUAAUAUCGGCUACAAUCUACCCGUUUUCCAUAACGGUUUUCGGGAAAUAUAUAUAUUGGACGGAUUUGCAGUUGAGGGGGGUUUAUAGAGCGGAAAAACACACGGGGGCUAAUAUGAUCGAAAUGGUUAAAAGAUUGGAGGACAGUCCGAGAGAUAUACAAGUUUAUUCGAGUCAAAGACAAAGGUGUAACGUGAAUCCGUGUCGAAUUAAUAACGGUGGGUGCGCGCAGAGUUGUCAUCCGGCGCCUAACGGUACCGCGGAAUGUCGUUGCGAUGAUAAUAGCAAAUUGGUUAACGAAGGUAAAAUGUGCGUCGCUAAAAAUUUAACUUGUGAUACGAGCAAGUUUUAUUGUGCCAAUGGACGUUGUAUAUCAAGAAUGUGGGCGUGCGACGGGGAAGACGAUUGCGGCGAUAACAGCGACGAAGACACAAACUACUGCUCUUUCCAUUCUUGUUCCCCGAACGAAUUCCGAUGCGCGAACGGACGUUGCAUCUUCAAAUCAUGGAAAUGCGACCACGAAAACGAUUGCAAAGACGGUUCCGACGAAAAAGAUUGCCAAUAUCCACAAUGCGCUCCUGGAGAAUUUACUUGUGCUAAUCAUCGAUGUAUACCCAUGACACAGGUUUGUAACGGUGUUAACGACUGUAAAGACAACAUUACAUCCGACGAAACGCACGAAAGAUGUCCCAAGAACACGACUUGUCCACCUAAUCACUUGAAAUGCGAAAAUACGAACAUUUGCGUGGAACCUUAUUGGUUAUGCGACGGUGAUAACGAUUGCGGCGAUAAUUCCGACGAAAAUCCUCUACACUGUUCGCACAGAACUUGCCCACAGAACAGUUUCAGAUGUUCGAAUCACAGAUGCAUACCGGCAACGUGGUAUUGCGACGGAGAUGAUGAUUGCGGAGAUGGCGCGGACGAACCUCCGGAAUAUUGCAAGAGUGACGGUCGUACGUGUUUCGGUGAUUUAUUCACGUGCGAUAACGGAAAUUGCGUACCGAGAAUAUACAUUUGCGACGGCGAUAACGAUUGUCUCGAUAACAGCGAUGAAGAUAACAGGCACGAGUGCAACGAUAGAAAAUGCGAUGAAGAAAACGAAUUCACCUGCGAAGCUAAUAAAGAAUGGGGUAGAGCUCAAUGUAUACCCAGGAAAUGGUUGUGCGACGGCGAUCCUGACUGCGUAGAUGGCGCUGAUGAGAACGCGACGUUACAUAAUUGUCCCACGCCUCAAUCUUGCUCUGAGGAUCAAUUCACGUGCGCCAACGGUCGUUGCAUCAAUAAAGGCUGGACUUGUGAUCACGAUAACGAUUGCGGAGACGGUACGGACGAAGGUAAAGAAUGCAACACCAAAUACAAAACGUGUUCCCCGCAAGAAUUCACCUGUCAAAACUUCAAGUGUAUCCGCAUGCAGUACAGGUGCGACGGCGAGGACGAUUGCGGCGAUCGAUCCGACGAAGUCGAUUGCAAAAAAGACAACGCGACGUGCGCCGAUCCGACGCAAUUUAGAUGCAACAACGGUCAGUGUAUAAAUUAUAAUUUGGUUUGUAAUAAAGUGUCAGAUUGCACCGACGAUUCUGACGAGCCUCUGCAUUGCAACAUCGACGAAUGUGCUAAAAUUGAGAUACACCAAUGCGGGCACAAGUGCGUCGAUACACCUACCAGUUAUUAUUGCGAAUGUAACCAAGGAUAUAAGUUAUUGGAUGACGGUAAAGCAUGCGCGGACAUAGACGAAUGUAUAGAAACACCCGGCGUGUGUUCCCAAUACUGCUCGAACACACCGGGCAGUUAUUACUGCAAAUGCAACGAAGAAUAUUACGAAAGGGAACCGGACGAACAUACGUGUAAACGCAAAGACGACGAGACGCCUUGGGUGAUAUUCACCAACAAAUAUUACAUCAGAAAUAUAUCCGUAGACGCGCACACUUACAAUUUGGUACAUCAAGAUUUAAUGAACGUAGUGGCAUUGGAUUACGAUAUGAAAGAAAAAAAUGUUUUUUUCUGCGACGUAACCGCCAAAACGAUUUACAAAAGCGGUUUCGGUAGUAGAAUCAAAGAAGCCGUUGUUCGCCACGAUUCGCACGGAUUAGAAGGUAUAUCCGUCGAUUGGAUCGGUAGAAAAUUGUAUUGGCUAGACAGACAUUCGAAAAAUCUCGACGUAUCCGAACUAACGGGAACAAACAGGAAGACGUUAAAAACCAGCAUACCGGAUCCGAGAGCUAUAGUCGUCCAUCCGGGUACCGGGUAUUUAUAUUUCACGUCUUGGCAUCUGCAAGCUUUUAUAGGAAAAUUAGGAAUGGACGGUUCGAAUUUCACCAGAAUACUAACUUGGGAAAACGGAAUCGCUUGGCCGAACGCUUUGACGAUCGAUUUUUUCACCGAUCGAUUGUAUUACGCCGACGCGCAUUUGGAUUACAUAGCUCAUUGCGAUUUGGAAGGGAGACAUAUACAUAAAGUUCUUGCGGGAUCGGCGGUUCCGCACGUCUUCGCUUUAUCUUUAUUCGACGACUACAUCUAUUGGACGGAUUGGAAUUUGAAAGCCGUAUCGAGAGCGAAUAAAUUCCACGGUGGAAAUUUGGAAUUGUUGGUGAAUACCACGCAUAAACCGUACGAUAUUCACGUGUUCCAUUCGUUGAGACAACUUCCUUAUUAUAAUCCUUGCGGGAAUAAUAACGGGGGUUGUUCGCAUUUGUGUUUGAUAUCGCCGCCUCCGGUUUCUAGUUAUCUCAACAUCGACGGGUACGGAGACGAAGGGAACACUACUUAUAAAUGCGCAUGUCCGAAUCAGUUUUAUUUGUCGAAUGAUAAGAAGACGUGCGUGGCGAAUUGUACCGCUGGUCAAUGGCAAUGUAAAGGGCGCGACGAGAAAUGUAUACCUUGGUUUUGGAAAUGCGACGGCGAGAAAGACUGCAAAGAUGGAUCGGACGAACCGUCUACGUGUCCGCCCCGCCAGUGUCGCGCCGGUACGUUCCAAUGCAAAAAUCUGAACUGUACUCCUUCGGCAACAAUAUGCGACGGUACCGACGAUUGCGGCGACAAUUCCGAUGAACAAAACUGCGACAAAGAAUGUCCCGAAUUAGAAAUGAAAUGCAAAUCGAACGGUAGAUGUAUUUUGGCGAGUUGGAAAUGCGACGGCGACGCCGAUUGCAAAGACGGUUCCGACGAAGAUCCCGAAAUAUGUCACAAGCGAACGUGCGAUCCGGAAACCGAAUUUACUUGUAAAAACGGCAAGUGUAUACCGAAAUUAUGGACUUGCGAUGCCGAUAACGAUUGCGGCGACGAUUCCGACGAACCGGCGUACAUGUGCCGACAAAAGAACUGCACCACAGGUUGGCAACGUUGUCCUGGUCGCGCUAAUUAUCGUUGUAUACCUAAAUGGUUAUUCUGCGAUGGUAAAGACGAUUGUAGAGAUAAUUCGGACGAAUUACCCAUAAAUUGUCCGAAAUGUAAUCCGGAAACGGAUUUCAAAUGUAAAAACAACAGAUGUAUACCUAAACAAUGGAAAUGCGACUUUUCCGACGAUUGCGCAGACGGAUCCGACGAACUAGAAGAAGUUUGUAAAGGGGUUUAUAGAGAAUGUUCGGAAUCGGAAUUCCGUUGCAGUAACGGAAAAUGCAUUUCGUCACGCUGGCGAUGCGAUCACGAAGACGAUUGCGGCGACAAUUCCGACGAAAGCGAUUGUAACGGUUUUCAAUGUAAAAACGGAACGUUCCAAUGCGCUUCCGGUCAUUGUAUAGCCGCUUACUUCCGUUGCGACGGCGAUAGAGAUUGCAGAGAUAUGUCGGACGAAAAGAACUGCCCCCCGAAAUAUCCUGGAGGAAGAUAUUGUCCCGAAUCCAGAUACGAAUGCGAUAAUCAUUUAUGUAUUAGUCCUGCGGAUAUUUGCGACGGCGCCGACGAUUGCGGUGACGGUUCCGACGAAUCGCCAUCUAUAUGCACGAAUUUCAAUUGCGAUACUUUGAAAAGAUACCAAUGCGCCAAUCACAAAUGCAUACCGAAGUACCAAUUAUGCGACGGUAUCGAUAAUUGCGGCGACGGUUCGGACGAGAAUAAUAUGACGUUGUGUUCGACGAAAACGAAACCUUGCGAUAGUUUGACCGAAUAUAAAUGCGCGAAUAGGAAAUGUAUCGAUAAAAAACAAGUUUGCGAUUUCGCCGACGAUUGCGGGGAUAGUUCCGACGAAUUGGGUUGUCAUCACAACGACGUUUGUUCGGAUGCUACGAAAGGCGGUUGCGAACAUCACUGUAUGAAUUUAACCGAUGGCGGUUACAUAUGCGCUUGUUAUUCGGGUUUUAUAAUAUCUCAGGAAAAUAGAAAAGUUUGUUUAGACGUCGACGAAUGCGUCACUUCCGCUCACCACUGUUCGCAAAUAUGUAUAAAUUUGAACGGUACCUACGGAUGCGCUUGUAGGGAAGGUUUCCAAUUAUCGGAUCAAUUAUCCGGGGUUUGUAAAGCCGUUAAAGAAGACGUGACUCUAUUAGUGGCCAACGGUGGUGAAAUACGAUCUUUCGAAUUGAGGUUAAGAGACGUCGAGGGCGUUAUAACCGAAGAACAACGUAUAGACGCCGUAGAUUAUAACCCGACGCAACAGAUGAUCUUUUGGGCCGAUAGUAGACAAAAAACAAUCAAACGUUCUUAUAUGGUAAACGCUUUAAACGGACAAGUUAAAACCGGUUAUUCACAAGAUUUAGGUAUAAAAGGUAGUUCUAAACCGGUCGCAAUAGCAGUCGAUUGGAUCGCCAAUAAUUUAUACUGGACUGAAAUGGACAGAAGCGCUAAACCGAAAGGUAGAGUUAUGGUAGCUAAAACCGACGGUAGAUAUCGUAGAUCGUUGGUAAGCGUCGGUUUGGAGAAUCCUUCAUCGUUAGCCGUCGAUCCGCAAAAAGGUAAAAUGUUUUGGUCGGAUUCGGGAUCGAAUCCGAAAAUAGAAGUCGCUUGGAUGGACGGUUCGAAACGUCGACCGUUAAUUACCGAUCAGAUACGUCAUCCGACCGGUCUAACCAUCGACUACGCCAUGGAUCACACCGUUUAUUGGGUGGAUACCAAACUUAACGUAAUCGAAAGUAUGAAAUUCGACGGUACCAAUAGAAAAAUCGUUAUACGAGGCGAUAUACUGAAACAUCCUGUAUCUUUAGACGUUUUCGAAUCGAAUAUCUAUUGGAUAACGAAAAACACCGGGGAAUUGAUACAACAAGAUAAAUUCGGUCGAGGAGUUCCUGUAGUAAUACAGAGAGAUAUGCAGAAUCCGUCUAGCGUUAAAGUUUAUCACGAUUUGAGGUACAACACCUCUAUACGAGAUCCUUGUUCGAACAAUCACUGUUCCCAUCUCUGUUUGAUAGUACCGAACGGACAUAGGUGUUCGUGUCCGGAUUCGUCGACGCCGAGUCAAAAAAUCAAAGCCGAUAUCGUAUGCGACGCCGCAUCCGAACGGGAACGACCUCUACCGAGAAUAUGUAAAUGCGAAAACGGCGGUAACUGUAAAGAAAUCGAAGACAGUAACGAAUUACAAUGUCACUGUUUACCUAAUUACCAAGGGGAAUUUUGCGAAAUACAUUCGGAACAUAGUACAGCCGGUAGCCGGACCAAUACCACGGCGAUCGUUGUACCGAUUGUUGUUAUAUUGUUGAUCCUCGCCGCCGCCAUGGGAGUGUACGUUUUCAUCAGGAAAAGACCUUUCAGUAAAGGAUCAGGUUUAGGUAGCCUGGCGAGCAGCCAAAGCGUUUCGUUUAGACAAGGAACCAACGUGGAAUUCGGUCCUAAUUCAUUCAACAACGGAGGGGGCCCGUCCGAAACGGCUGACGUAGCUUACGGUCUAGACGCGUUAAGCGCCAAUACCGGUAACAAAAAUAGAGAUUUCCACAAUCCCAUGUACGACGCCGUGCAGAAUAAUCCGGAAGCUUUGCCGAACGGUAGCGGAGGUUUGUACGAAGUAUCUUCGGAUUUAGCUAAACAGAAAAGCGAAACAUUCCUGGAACCGCCUAGCGCUGUAAUAGCGCCGUCUAGUGUGAAACAUAUGCAAUCGCCUCACGUGCAAGUCAAGCAUCGAGAACUUGACCCAGCUACCCAGGAUACGGGCAAAGAUACACAAAAACUCGUAGAAGAAGACUGCUGAUAUAAGAUUAAAUACCCAAUUUUUAACAUAGCCUUCGUCUACAAUAGAUAAUAUUCAAAAUUAAAAACGUGAGCUUUUUGUAUUAUAAAAUGAAAUCGAUUGAUUGAAAACCAGGUAAGAUUUUUUUUUAUCGAAAAACUCUGACUGGGUUUUUAAAGUCGAUUAGAUAUUUUAGUCAAUAAUUUAUUAUUUUUUUUUUCAAUGUUUGUGGUUAAGUCAAUGUUGAAAAAUAUAUUUUUUUAUUAAAGAAAAAUAAAAAAAAAACGUAGUGAGACGAUAUUUUCAUGGAAUGGGACUAGAGAUAUGAAAAGAAUUGUCGUGAAUCUGGGAUAUGUGAAGUGCCAUUGAGAAUAGCGAGCAAAUGAGUGAAGUGAUCUAGUUCCAUUUAAGAUGAAAAUAAAUAACUAAAACAAAACUGUAAUCUCUUCCAAAAUCCAGUUUAAUCUGUGAAAUUUAAAAAAAAAAUAUCUAUGAUUAAACAUAAAUUGAACGUAUAGAGUGAAUUUUUUCCAUAACACAAUCCAGUUUUUGAUCCAUAUCUAAAAUAUCGAUCAUAAAUAAAAUCUUAGUAAUAAAACAAUCCCUAAUGCUGCCCUAUACUACUCUAUAAAUAAUUUCAAUACAUUUACAUUCUAUUUAUAUUAAUUUAUCUCACAAAAACAUUAAAAAUAUGUGAUAUUCAAUUAAUUAUUUUGAACUUACCUUGUUUUAGUAAAACUACAAAUAAAUAUUCUUGAAUGUUAACAAUUUUCACAGAUAAACUGGAGUAAAUAUGUAAAUAUUUUAAAUAAGUUUUCCUGUAUAAUAUGAAAUUUAUUUAAACAUUCCCUUCAACAUUCCAAUAAGAACAAAUAAUAUAACACCGUCCAAACAUUGUUAUAACGAAAUUUACUGAAAAAAAGAGAAAUAUUUGAUUCUGUUUUAUUUUAGUUUAAAUUUUAUUGAAUUGUUAUUUAAUUAUAUGUUUUUAUCGAUAAUAACGAAUAUUUGUAAUAGAAGAGAUGAUUCGUUAUAAUCUAUAGGUAUUUACUUGAAUUUUUAUAAAAAAUAUUUACAUUUUUAUAUAAUCGAAAUUUUACUAUACACUUUCCAUCACCAACGUUUAUAAACUUAAAUGUUGAAGAAUUAACAAGUGACAUGCUUCUUCUUUUUUUAUAAAAUCCUUUUAUUCAUUGUAAUAAACAGCUAAAUAUAAAAAGUUUCAUUAUCGAUUAUUAUUAUAUGAUAAAUUUAACUAUCGAUUAUUUUGAAUUGAUCUCUUCUUCUAAGGGUACGACUGACUGCUUGUAGACUAUAGAGCUUUUGACGUACUUACAGCACGAAGUUACCCGAUUCUUUUUUAAAUAUUCCUUAUGGUCUUGUUGCAACUCUAUGUAACUAUGUGUAAAUAUUUUGGGAACAAAAUUGUCUGUUUUUACAGAAAAUAAUAUAAAAGUUGUUUAUAAA